AUGAACCGGAGGGCAUUUAUCAGUUUCUUCCGGUCAACUUCUUCUACUCUUCGUAACCGGGGUUUUGCAACAUUUUGUCCACGAAAACACCCUCAAAUUAAUUUACAAAUGGACUCUCCUUAUGUUCCUACUGAUUUCAAGCCGUUUCGGCUUGGUCUUGUUCAGUUAUUGUCGGGAAUGGACAAAAUGGACAACUUAAAAAAUGCUCGUACAAAGGUUCUCGAAGCUGCCAAAAACGGCGCCAACAUUGUUGUACUACCGGAAAUUUUUAACAGCCCUUACUCUGUUGCUCAUUUUCGUGAAUAUGCUGAAGAUUUCGUAACAACUUCCCAUUCUCCGAGUUACGAUGCUUUGUCUCAAAUGGCUAAAGAUGCAAAAGUUUACCUUUUCGGUGGUUCUAUUGUCGAGUUAGACAAUGACAAAGUAUACAAUACUGCUCUUGUUUUUAGUCCUGAUGGUUCAUUGCUGGGCAAGCACCGGAAAAUGCACCUUUUUGAUGUCGAUAUUCCUAAUGGAAUUCGGUUUAUCGAGUCAGAAGUGUUGUCUCCUGGCAACGCUAUGACUAUGGUCCAAACAGAGUUCGGAAAGUUUGGAAUGGGUAUCUGCUAUGACAUUCGUUUCCCUGAACUCGCCAUGAUUGCCGCGAGAAACGGCUGUGCUGGAAUGAUUUAUCCCAGCGCAUUCAAUACGACGACGGGCCCACUUCACUGGGAGCUGUUAGCAAGAUCAAGAGCUGUAGACAAUCAAAUAUUUGUCGCCCUUUGUUCGCCUGCUCGUAACAUGGAUGCUAGCUACCAUGCAUACGGUCAUUCUAUGGCUGUGGACCCAUAUGGUAAGAUACUAGCAGAAGCCCAAGAGGGUCCUGCAAUCAUCUACGCGGACAUAAAUCCAACGACAAUGGAGGUUUGUCGCCGUGCUAUUCCCUUGUAUACCCAGCGUCGUUUUGACAUGUACACGCAGGUGCAGGAACAAGAAGCCUCAAAGGAAAACAGAGGCAAACAGUGA